AGAGAGAGACACGUUAAAGAGAGACGAGAGAACAUGGGGACGGAGAAUGCGGCAAGCGAGGUGGAGAUAUCGGAGCCGCUGCUGCUGGAAUCUCAGAAGACCAGCAGGGAGGUUGAAUUCGAGGUUGCGGAGGAGAUCCCACCAUGGAAAAACCAAAUCACCAUACGAGGGUUGGUUGUGAGUCUCGUUCUGGGAACCUUGUUCUGUAUCAUAACCAACAAGCUCAACCUCACUGUGGGUAUCAUUCCCUCCCUCAAUGUUGCCGCUGGUUUGCUCGGUUUCUUCUUCGUCAAAUCUUGGACUGGCUUCCUUUCCAAAUUAGGCUUCUCUGUUACCCCUUUCACCCGCCAGGAGAAUACCGUCAUCCAGACCUGUGUCGUCGCCUGCUACGGCCUCGCUUUUAGCGGGGGGUUUGGUUCCUACAUGAUUGCAAUGGACGAGAGGACGUACAAACUCAUUGGUAUUGAUUAUCCUGGGAACCGGGCGGAAGAUGUUAAAAAUCCGGCCUUGGGUUGGAUGAUUGGGUUCAUGUUUGUUGUCAGUUUUCUUGGCCUCUUCAGCCUUGUUCCACUUCGUAAGGUAAUGGUCAUGGAUUACAAGCUCACAUACCCCAGUGGGACAGCCACAGCAAUGCUAAUAAAUAGCUUCCAUACAAGUAGUGGUGCUGAGCUAGCAGGGAAACAAGUUCACUGCCUUGGGAAGUAUCUAAGUAUAAGUUUCUGUUGGAGCUGCUUUAAGUGGUUUUUUGGUGGUAUUGGGGAUUCCUGUGGCUUCGAUAAUUUCCCUAGCCUUGGUCUGGAAGCCUUUAAGCAAACAUUUUAUUUUGACUUCAGCCCAACUUAUGUCGGAUGUGGCCUUAUCUGCCCCCACAUAGUCAACUGCUCACUUCUUCUUGGGGCUAUUAUAUCUUGGGGUUUCCUUUGGCCCUUUAUUUCUAAACAUGCUGGAGAUUGGUACCCAGCUGACCUUGGUGCCAAUGACUUUAAAGGACUCUACGGAUAUAAGGUCUUCAUAGCUAUAUCUCUUAUACUUGGAGAUGGACUGUACAAUUUGAUAAAAAUUAUAGCAGUAACUCUGAAGGAAAUGUGCAACAAGAGCACAAAAGAGAACCUUCCUAUUGUUAGCGAGAUUCAAGGUUGGUAUAUAGUAGAUAAUGAGACUUCCAGGUUGUUGAUGGAGGAAAGGAGAAAGGAUGAGGUAUUCCUAAAAGAUAGUAUACCUUCCUGGUUUGCGGCUUCUGGGUAUGUGGGACUGGCAGCAAUAUCCACAGCAACAAUGCCCAUGAUCUUCCCACCACUCAAAUGGUACCUGGUACUCGGCGCAUAUAUCAUUGCCCCAGCUCUUGCGUUUUGCAACUCCUAUGGCACUGGGCUUACUGACUGGAACCUGGCAUCUACUUAUGGAAAGAUUGGGCUUUUCAUCUUUGCCUCUUUGGUGGGAAGGAAUGGGGGAGUCAUAGCUGGGUUGGCGGCGUCUGGGGUCAUGAUGUCCAUUGUGUCCACCGCUGCAGAUCUGAUGCAAGACUUCAAGACUGGUUACCUCACUCUGUCUUCGGCCAAGUCCAUGUUCGUGAGCCAAUUGAUAGGGACGGCCAUGGGUUGUGUGAUUGCACCUCUCACGUUCUGGUUGUUUUGGAGUGCUUUUGAGGUUGGGGACCCUAACGGCCCCUACAAAGCCCCCUAUGCAGUCAUAAUGAGGGAAAUGGCUAUCCUGGGAGUUGAAGGCUUCUCUGAGCUGCCUAAACAUUGUCUGGCUUUCUGUUGUGGAUUCUUCGUGGUGGCAGUGCUCUUAAACCUGGCAAGGGAUGUGAGUCCAACGAAAAUAUCUCGCUUCAUCCCUGUGCCCAUGGCGAUGGCAAUUCCGUUCUACAUUGGAGCUUACUUUGCAAUUGACAUGUUUGUUGGGACUGUGAUCCUGUUCAUAUGGGAGCGGGUGAACAAAAAGGGUGCAGAGGAUUAUGCAGGAGCGGUUGCAUCGGGCCUAAUAUGUGGUGAUGGCAUCUGGACAAUACCAUCUGCCAUUCUCUCCAUCUUCAGGAUUGAACCUCCUAUCUGCAUGUACUUUGGGCCUUCAAGUAGUUAGCAAGCAAGCUUAACUAGGGAUUUCAUUCAGAAUUUUUAUUUAUGAACCCAUCGCUUUCCUUGUACAUACAAUUUGAUAAUAGGAAUGAUUGGGUUCGGUGUA